AUGUCCUACGGCAAAUCCCUUGCAUUGAGCCAGAAUUCUUUCGUCCGGCCUCCCACUCCGGAUGUUGUCGAAGCCCAGGAACAAGAUGAGUUCGGCGCCAGGCGACAGAAGCGACAAGCGACUGUCUAUGAUGCCGUUGCGGGUCGGGUGAAUCAUCAUGGCUUCCUGCCCUCGGCCCCUUACCCUUCCAAAUACCGCGAUACGGCAUCGUCCAGCACUCGUCCUGUCCGUCCCGAGGAAGUUCUUUUUCGUCGACAACAUGCCCCGCAGCGCUACGAAGAAAACGACUUCUACUUUGCUCAUGAGGCCCUCCCGCCCAGCUGCCCCCUCCCCUGCUCCGAACUACUUGAGGCCAUUCACGCGUAUUCGGCGGACUUCUAUGACCAUGCGACGAUCGAUGGAGGACGGGAUGAUUACCAGAGCAUGGAUGAGACGGCGUUAAUAGCUAUGGGGAUUUUGAUGGAGGAGAUGGCCAAGGAAUCUCUGGGUGAAACCGGAGACAUGGUGCUCGUGGAGGGAGAGGAAAUCCCGACCGACGAAUUACCAUCGGUUCCUCAGCUCGGCCGAAAUAUAGGCCGCAAAAGAGCAAAUACCGGUCAGAGUAGUACGAUGGCGAGCUCGGGUGAUGAGCUAGAGAGCGUGGUGGCGAAGAAGAGGCGGCCAAAGAAGCGCAAGUUGGGUCGUAAAAUGACCUCCGCAGCUGAGCUGGACAUAGAAGAUGAUGAGAGGUGCUUACCUUGCAAGAUCAUCGUUGCAUCAUUCAUUCUGGUCCUACAUGGAUCGCAUGCUACUAUAUUGGUCGCUCAUCAUCGGGGCAUCGGAAACGAGUUCAAGACAAUACGAUGCGCGAGGAUCGAUAUCAAAAGUGCUUGGCUGAAUGCCCAACUGCAAGGGGUCAAGCAUCUCGUCUUUCAGCAAGCCACAAGAUUAAGAUGCGUUAAACUCGUGGGUAAAGCAGGAUUGUCUAAGCUCGAGCCAUGUCCUUACUUUCAACUGUCCAAUCGAGGCAGCAAUAAGAAGCAUCGUGUCUUUGCUUCCUAUGCGACCAGUCUCCUCGCUCAGCCCUGGUCCACCUCACGAGCCAGCGCCCUAUGCAUGUUGCACAUCGCAAAUCUUAGCCCGCGAUCAUCGUCGACCCGGCGCCGCCAAGGUCUUGGCCAGUGCAUCUGCUGGAAUGCCGUUGAACCUUGA